AUGUCCGCUGGAGGCGACGAGGCUUCUGCUGCCGUACCCGGCUCGGCUUUCCGCUUUACUGACUUGCCCAUAGAGACUCAGCGCCAUGUUCUCUCCUGUUGCUCUUCGGGCGAUCUCAUCUGCGUCGCCCUCGUCUCCAAGCAUCUUCACGAUCUUGCAUCGGCUAUCAUGUACCGCGAUUUUCACAUCAUCUUCCCCGACGAUGACGAUCUUAGCUUUGACUCCCCUGUAGAUGGCCUUGCUGGCGGUCUUGACACCUUCACCACUAGCCAGUAUGAUUACGCCAGACACCUAAGAGACCUCUCUAUGGAUACUUUGAGUUCUGGAAUAAAGGGAGAGCGGUCCUAUCAACCGUAUCUAUACUCGUCAAGCUGUGGCAAGUUCUUCAACACCUUACUCUUCUUGACCCUCCAGAAAGCUCACUUUCUUGAAUCCUUUCGAUGGAAUGUGCGGAUCGAGCUCAGUCGACCGGUGUAUAGGCGACUGCGACAGUUAAAGUCGCUUCGAACCCUGCAUAUUCGUAUGCAGGCUGGUGAUUCCUACUACUCGAGACCACCUCCUUUGCCCAUCAGCUUCCAUCAGCACCACUCCCCGCCCAGCCCGGUCUAUGGGCAUUCGCAUUGGUCAAACACAGCCUUCCCGCCUUUGCAGUCCUCGAUGGCCUCGCCGCAUCCUAUUUCGCAUCAUGUCUUGCAGAAUGAACCCCACACGCGAUCCCGAUCCGUGUCCAAGAAUCGCACUCCAAAGCAGCCGCAGGAUGCUAUGAGACUCUCCGGUUUCAAGAACCUCAAAAACCUGGCUGUUCUAGACAUUGAUGACAUGAAUGUUGUAACGGAGAUUGCGGACUCUGUUAAGCACUCACACUCGACCUUGACACAGCUCAAGCUAUCUUUAUCCCGGUCUUUGGCAUCGCAAGCCAGGAGAGCUUCCCAUGAGUCGGAUGCUGAAGAAUCCACUGAUGAAGACUUUCCUGACCCCCCAAACGCACACCCUCCAAAUUUUGCACCACCUGAGCCAGUCCGAAACUUCCGAGCUCAAGAGGAAUGGAAGAAACAGGAAGUUCUCCUCGGCAAAAUACUUGGUGUUGAACCCAGUCUCCACAAGAAGCCUCAGAUGAACUUGGAUGCGGUCAACGUGAAAGCCGAGGAGUCUUCGGCAACUAAGCCUCCAGCUCUGUCACCUGGUCAAGAGUUCAUUAUUUCUCUCACCGGCAUCUCAUCCAAACUAGUGACCCUCCUACAUGGCCCAAAGGAGCUUUCAGCAACUCACCAAGAAAUACUGAAUACUAUAGAGCAGGCUGCACGAAAAUAUGUUGAGUCCGGCGAGAUGCCCAGUCUGAAACAGAAUCAGGAUGCAGACAAGCAGACUGAUGGCGACGAAGAUAACGAAGCUCAACCUAGCUUCUGUUUCGCGUCCACUUCCGCCGCCACAAACUCCGAGACCGUCGGAAAUGCUGACACGGCGAACCCGUUGGAUAAUUCCAACAAGCUCCCGCUGAGACAAAAGCUUGAAGAUAUCCCGUCCUCACACUCCACCCUCGUAGACUCCCCCCCCGAUGCCGGUCAGUUGCGCCAUACUGGCUCGAGAGAUGAGCUGCCUUCUGCAGGGCCGUCGACUUCUCGUUCGACCUAUAAUCCAUCCGUGGAGGAUUCUGCGAGACGUCGUCGUGACAAUGUCGUCCCUUCCCGGGACCUUUUCAAAGGAAAUGUGCCCAAGAGCAACGACAGUCAGAUGAAUGAUUAUCUUCGCAGCACCAGGGGUCUGUCUCUUGAAGUCUUGAAAAUUGAUCUACUUCCCGCGAAGGCCUCAGUCCUCUGUCGAGCACUGAAUCUAGGUGCCCUGAAGGAGUUGGCCUUACUCAACGUUGGCAACCAGGCACCCAUUUGGACGGCUCUGGCCAAAGAAAAUGCAGUGAAUCCACUACCUCUUCGAAGCAUCUUCACGGACAAUGUCUCAAAUGCCUUUUUGACAUUUGCGUCUGGCCUGGAAGAGCUUCACGAGCUGUUUCUACUCGAGCGCAGCGUCGAUCAUCUUCCUGCUAGCUUCACGCCGAGGGCUUCUGUCACGAUUGAUCAGAUUCGGCGAAUUGUGCUUAAGAAGCACAUUCACACCCUUAAGCGUCUCAUGAUCAAGGACGAGUCAAAAGAGGCCAAUUGGGAUAUCAAUGAGAAGACAAUGGUUAUGAUUUGCAACCUCGGUGUACAACUAGAGGAGCUGGCGAUCAGCAUGAAUAGAAAUGCUGUGCACGUUUUCAUGCAGUACUUUCAUGAGCUCGUCAAUCUGCGCGCCAUCAAUAUCCUGCACUUCAAGAGCAACGAUACGUGCUUGUGGGUCGUCCGUGAGACCCUGCGCUUCAUGGUCGACAACCUCUCCCACUACCCGGACAUGAAGCUCGAGUGGAUCGCCAUGGAAGACGACCGCGUCGACCGGGUUGUGCGGCAGGGGGAGCCCGACGACGAGGACGAGCUCUGCCCGCGUCGGCUCUCCAGGGCCGAGCAGCAGCUGCAACAUCCCGUCGCCACGGGGGCGUUUGUGCCGACGUUGCUCGGCCCCCUCCCUCCGUCGCAUCCUACCUCCAUCCAGGUCAGCAAUGCGCACCUCCCGCUCUUCCCGCCAGACGCCGUCGGCCUCGACGACAGCGAUGACAGCGAUGACGAGCGCUUGCAUGAAAGCGGAUCGCGGCUACGUUACACGACGGUCGGUCCCAUGCAGUUUUACGACGUAUGGGGCAUAAAAAUCUUUGAAAAGGAGAUUCGCAGCGGACGUCUGUAG